AUGGCGGAUAGAAACAGCCGGCUUAGUGUGAAACGUAAAGACAAGAAAGUGGACAGCAAAACCCACGAGGAGAAGGAGAAAGAGAAAGAGAAAGAAAAGGAGAAAGCGCCGAAAAAGCCGGACAAACUUGGGAAGAAGCCAGACAAGAGUCCCGAACAGCCCAAGACGGAGAAAGAGGAGAAGAUGGGAGGAGAUGAGAGGACGGCUGAAGGAGCAGAGGGUGAGAUGAAGGAGGAGAAUGGAGAGUUUCAGCCCAUAGAGCUGCCGCCUUUUGAGAUCGUCACAGGGGAACAGAUGAGCCCGUUCUACUUCAAGUUUCAGUUCAGGAAUGUGGAGUACUCCUCGGGCCGCAACAAAACCCUGUUGUGUUUCAGAGUGGACACACCAGGUGGCAGCACCGAGCCGCUCAAAGGUUACAUGGAGGACGAACAUGCCACAGCGCACGCAGAGGAGGCCUUCUUUCAACAGGUCCUCCCGAACAGUAAUUCCUCCCAGGAAUAUGACGUCACAUGGUACGUGUCGUCCAGUCCCUGUGUGGCUUGUGCCGCCAAAGUUGCCGGCGUCCUUCAGCAGCGCAAGAAGCUCCGUCUCUGCAUUUUCUGCUCCCGUCUCUUCGGUUGGGAGGAGGAGGAGACCACGGCUGGGCUGAGGACGCUGGUCAGCGCUGGCUGCAAGCUGCGGAUGAUGAAGCCCUCCGACUUCGUUCAUGUUUGGGAGACGUACGUUGAGAAGGAGGAGGAGGAGAGCUUUACUCCCUGGGAGGACUGCAAGGAGAACUAUGACUACUACGUAGAGAGACUGGCGGCUAUCCUCAAGUAGCUGAUCAUUUGAUGGACUGAGUCACUGGCUGAACCUCUGUGUCUGCAACUCAUCUGGAAUUCACAUUCACACAUUUUCUACACGUGUUUCCGUAAAUUAAAUCAAAUCUUACGAUUCAGGUUUACCACUUUGAAAA